AUGCUGGGAAGCUUCGCCAACGCCUCCGGCAUGACCAAGUGCCAGCCCUGUGGAAGCAGCGAGCAGUGGACCACCAGCCAACUCUUGACGAUCCAUGGCGAGCAGCGCUGGAUUGAGGUGCAGGCAGCAAGCAAUGAGAGCUUGUGCCACUGUGCGCCGGGCUGGUUUCUCGAUGAUGGAGUUUGUCGCCUGUGCUCCGAAGGAGCAGUUUGCGCGGGCUCCAACGAUGUGGAGCUUCUCCCAGGCUUCUACUCUAGCAGCGAGGACCCUGGAUCCGUGUUUAAGUGUCAUGGCGAUGCCUCGCGAUGCCCGGGCGGGCGUCCCGGGACGUGCGCCUUCGGACGGGAUCCCAGCAGCGUGACCUGCGGUGCAUGCCUCUCAGGUCUGCGGCCCAGUGGUGCCACCUGCAGCGCAUGCAGUGGUGGUGACUACGCGAUUUUUGUUCUCGUGGGCUUUCUCGUCCUUGGCGGCACCGGGAUGUACCACAUGUCGGUGCUGAAGCAGAACCAAAGCAUUGUGAACAAGCAGAGUGGCUUACUCAACGCAAACCUCUAUCUCACGCAGCUGGUGGUCUGCCUGCAGCUGGUCAUCGUCAUCCAGAAGAUCGACAUCACCUGGGAUGAGCCUUUCGUGAUGCUGAUGCAGGCCUUGAGCUUCUUGUCACUGGACUCGGUGUUCCAGUCCGUGAAC